AUGUCUGACUCGGACUUCGAGACGAUCCGCCAGCUCCAGGCCGAGCGCAACGCUGCCGCUGCCGCCAAAAAAGGCUCCAACGCCUUCGACCCUUCGAACCAGCGCCCCGACGCGGUCAGCACCAAGCAGAAGCUUACUGACACCGUUGACACCGAUCUCUAUGAUGCCAACGGCGCCGAUAAGUUUGCUGGCUACGCCACCUCUAUUCCUACCGGCAUCAACGGCGAUGAUGACGACGACGACAUGAACGGCGUCGACAAUACGCGCCGCCUCGUCGGCCAGUAUACUGCGUCUCGCGAUAUGCUCGACGAGUUUUCUCGCGGCGAUGGCGUCGAGGAGGAUGACGUUCUUGCUGGCCGCGGCGAGAAGAGCAACCGGAUCACCGAUCGCGAGACCGACUAUCAGAAGCGCCGCUUCGACCGCGUCCUCACCCCCACCCGCGCGGACCCUUUUGCCGCAAACCGUCAAGCUGGUGCUGCCGAGGGCGGCUCGACCUACCGCGAUGUCAUGGAGGCAAAGGAGCUCGAGCGCGAGGAGGAACGCGUACGCCGCGCCAUCCUGGACAAGGCCGAGGGCAGGGUCGAGGAAGGCAAUACGGCUCCCGCAACCCUGACCAACGGCGACGACAAGGAGAAUGGAGACUCUGGAUCAACUGAGCUUGCUGCUGCCGGGCGUAAGAGGAAGAAGAGAUGGGACGUUUCGUCCACUCCUACGGACGACGCGGCUGCCGCCCAGCCUGAUGGUGCCGUCAAGAAGCGAUCCCGGUGGGACCAGACGCCCGCCCCUGGCGCUGAGGUUGUCAAGAAGUCGUCUCGCUGGGACCAGGCUCCUUCUGCCACCCCGAUGGGCAACCAAGGACUAGCUACGCCCAUGCACCCUUCGCAGGCCGGCGGUGCUAUCUUGCCGAGCACCUUUGGCCCCGACAUGUCCGGCCGUAACAUGCCGCUCAGCGACGAGGAGCUCAACGAGCUUCUUCCCGGAGAGGAGCAGGGCUACAAGAUCCUCGAGCCCCCUCCCGGCUACGCUCCGCUUCGCGCCCCAACCCACAGGCUUGUGGCGACGCCUGCUCCGCAGAGCGAAAUUCCCGGCAUCGGCGACCUCCAGUUCUUCAAGGCCGAAGAUAUGGCCUAUUUCGGCAAGCUUACCGACGGCACCGACGAGAACGAUCUCAGUGUAGAGCAGAUGAAGGAGAGGAAGAUCAUGAGGCUGCUCCUCAAAGUCAAGAAUGGUACACCACCAAUGCGCAAGACUGCUUUGCGACAGCUCACAGACAAUGCUAGGCAGUUUGGAGCUGGUCCACUCUUCGACCAGAUUCUGCCUCUCCUCAUGGAGAAGACUCUGGAAGACCAGGAACGCCAUCUGCUCGUCAAGGUCAUCGAUCGUAUAUUGUACAAGCUCGAUGACCUUGUUCGGCCCUACGUGCACAAGAUUCUCGUUGUCAUUGAGCCGCUGCUUAUCGACCAAGACUACUAUGCCAGAGUGGAGGGUCGUGAGAUCAUCUCCAACCUCAGUAAAGCCGCUGGUCUCGCCACCAUGAUCAGUACCAUGAGGCACGACAUCGAUCAUACCGAUGAGUACGUCAGAAACACCACCGCCCGAGCGUUCGCCGUCGUGGCCUCGGCGCUCGGCAUUCCAGCUCUUCUUCCUUUCCUGAGAGCCGUCUGCCGAAGCAAGAAGCAAUGGCAGGCGCGACACACGGGUGUCAAGAUUGUGCAGCAGAUUCCCAUUCUCAUGGGUUGCGCCGUGCUUCCCCAUCUGAAAGGCCUUGUGGACUGUAUCGCCCCCAACCUGAAUGAUGAGCAGACCAAGGUCCGCACCGUCACCAGUCUGGCCAUCGCCGCCCUUGCCGAGGCAUCGAACCCCUACGGUAUCGAAAGUUUCGAUGACAUCCUCAACCCCCUCUGGACAGGCGCGCGAAAGCAACGAGGCAAGGGUCUUGCUGGCUUUCUGAAGGCUGUUGGCUUCAUCAUUCCCCUCAUGGACGAGGAAUACGCCAACUACUACACGAGCCAGAUCAUGGAGAUUCUCCUUCGAGAGUUCUCCUCCCCAGACGAAGAGAUGAAGAAGGUGGUGCUCAAGGUGGUGUCGCAGUGUGCAGGUACCGAUGGUGUCACCGCGGGCUAUCUCAAAGAACACGUCCUCGACGACUUUUUCAAGAGCUUCUGGGUCAGAAGAAUGGCGCUUGACAAGCGCAACUACAGACAAGUUGUCGAGACUACGGUCGACAUUGGCCAAAAGGUCGGUGUCAGCGAGAUCAUUGAGAGAAUCGUUGUCAACCUGAAGGAUGAGAGCGAAGCAUAUCGCAAGAUGACGGUGGAGACGAUUGAGAAGAUUGUCGCGAGCCUGGGCGCUGCCGAUAUUGGUGAGAGACUCGAAGAGCGACUCAUCGACGGCAUUCUGCACGCAUUCCAGGAGCAGAGCGUUGAGGACAUUAUCAUGCUCAAUGGCUUUGGUUCUGUCGUCAAUGCGCUGGGCUCGCGAUGCAAACCCUACCUCCCACAAAUCGUCAGCACCAUUCUUUGGAGACUGAACAAUAAGUCGGCCACUGUACGACAGCAGGCAGCUGAUCUUAUCUCGCGAAUUGCUAUGGUCAUGAAGCAAUGCGGUGAAGACGCACUCAUGGGCAAACUUGGCGUCGUGCUCUACGAGUAUCUGGGCGAGGAGUACCCGGAGGUUCUUGGUUCCAUCCUAGGUGCCCUUCGAUCCAUCGUUACCGUGGUUGGUAUCACACAGAUGCAACCGCCCAUCAAAGACCUACUCCCCCGUCUCACCCCUAUUCUUCGCAAUCGACACGAGAAGGUCCAAGAGAACACCAUCGAUCUCGUUGGUCGUAUCGCUGAUCGUGGCCCCGAAAGCGUCAAUGCACGAGAAUGGAUGCGAAUCUGUUUCGAGCUCCUUGAUAUGCUGAAAGCCCACAAAAAGGGUAUUCGUCGUGCGGCCAACAACACUUUCGGUUUCAUCGCCAAGGCCAUCGGUCCCCAGGAUGUUUUGGCUACUCUGCUCAACAACCUGAGGGUACAAGAGCGCCAGUCUCGUGUCAACACGGCUGUUGCUAUUGGUAUCGUGGCCGAAACCUGCGCGCCUUUCACCGUCCUGCCUGCUCUUAUGAACGAGUACCGUGUUCCCGAACUCAAUGUUCAAAACGGUGUACUCAAGUCACUCUCCUUCCUUUUCGAGUACAUUGGCGAGAUGGCCAAGGACUACGUUUACGCUGUUACACCACUGCUCGAAGACGCGCUCAUCGAUCGCGACCAGGUCCACCGACAAACAGCUGCGUCUGUUGUCAAGCACAUUGCUCUCGGCGUGGUCGGUCUCGGUUGUGAGGACGCUAUGAUCCAUCUUCUCAACCUUCUCUAUCCCAACUUGUUCGAGACGAGUCCACAUGUCAUCGAUCGCAUCGUCGAGGCUAUCGAGGCUGUCCGCAUGGCUGUCGGACCUGGUGUUGUGAUGAACUAUGUCUGGGCGGGUCUCUUCCACCCGGCGCGCAAGGUACGCCAGCCCUAUUGGCGGCUGUACAAUGAUGCGUACGUCCAGGGCGCGGAUGCCAUGGUACCAUACUAUCCCAACCUGGACGAAGAUAAGAUGGACAGGCCAGAGUUGGCUAUCAUGCUUUGA